AUGUCUGCAGCCAUGACCCUCGAACCCAUAGUAUCGCUCGGCCAAAUGCCAGACGAGAUUCUCCUCGAGAUUGCAACCCACAUGCCUCGCAUGACCCAAAAGUCCAUGGACGGCAUCACACGAACGUCCAAAAAAUUUCGCCUGAUAUUUCUCCGUCGAUACCUAGGUCAGAUCACCUUCGUAGGAACCAUGGAACGGAUAUCACACCGCCUUGACGCAUUCAACGCAGUACAUGCUUCUUCCACGGGGCCUAUCUGGUCAUCUGUUAGAACUGUACGGUUCUAUAUCUCGGACGCGAUUGAAUCACCCGAUACUCGUCCUCCAGAUACAACGAUACCCGGCCUUGUUGGAGACUUUCUUAGCAAAGUAGCAGCUGUCAAAGAAGUAUCUGUUCACAUGGCUAAACCUCCGCCUGGUCAGACUACAUUUCAAGAGUUUCUGGGAGAUGCGAACUCUUCAUGGACGGGCUUUCCAAAGUUGAAGCUUACCACCCCCGAUACAAAGAUCAUUCACGCCGUCAUACGCCUUUGCCCCCAAAGCGCCCUGCAGGUUAUCAAACUACCUUUGUAUCCCAACUCCCCUGAGCUACGGCUUCUGACACGCCAGUGCCCAAACUUGAAGCGUCUACACGUUGACGCCCCAGGAAGCUUUUCCUUUCGCAAUGCUAGGGGAAACUGGCUUGUCGAUGACAUCUGUGGAGCUUUCGUACACUUAGAGUGGCUAGUACUUGGAGGCAUCUUUGAUUCUGAUAUCGAAAGGUUAAGCAGUUGGGCGAUUAACAUGAUCAUUGCCGCCUUGAACUCAGCGCCCUCCUUGGUCUGUUUCGCAUUCAGGGUGCCAUCCAAUACAGAUACUUCGUAUAUGGAUGCACUUGAGCAGAUCCUCACAUCUGUUCCCAAGCUUGAGGAGCUCUGUUUUAUCUCUCAAGAUUCAAACUCUCCCGAGAGAUUAGCAACUUUGCACAGGGGAAGUCGCAAACCUGGUAGAUCAAAAUUGAUUUUCACCCAAGAGUCUAUGACUACUAGUGAACGGGAGCGACGAUUUCCUUGCGCACUUUUUGGGAAAUGA